GCCCUCUAGUCAGUUGAUGCGCUUAGAAACCAAGCAUCAGAAGCCGCGAGAACAACUAAGUUUCCUCCCUAGAACCGUCAACAAGUACGCGAUAUUUGUCAACUAAACUCUCAACAGUUGACAAGUUGCAACUAUGAAAUCUGCUCUCUUCGUUUAUGCUUUAAUGCUUUCCUGGCUAACCUCAUUAUCGGUCGCUAAGGAGCCAGCAACAAGUCCAAAGUUAGAAUAUGACUACCAGACAUCACGAAUGUGCGAAUGUGCUGCAGAAAGAGGAGACGCCGGAGGAAUUGGGCCACCCGGAGAGAACGGAACAUCCGGUACUGAUGGGCUUGAUGGACGCGAUGGAAUGAAGGGUUUAAAAGGCGAAGAGGGUGGAAAAGGGAAGAGGGGCAGGAAUGGUGUCGCACCAGCAACUCUAUCUAUACUUAAGCAGCUCAUAAACUGGAAGCAAUGUGUUCACACUGGACGUAUUAGUGCUACAGACAAUCACCUAAGAAAAGAAUCACUCCUGAGCUGUUCGUUCAGAAAAAAUCAUGCUACUUCAUCACUACACGUAGAAUUUGGAGGAACUUUACGAACAAAGCUCAGCAAAUAUGGCAAUCUGAAAAGUAAUUGUGGUUGUGCUCGAUGGUACUUUACAUUUGAUGGACUCGAAUGCAUUUCACCCAUUGAUGGCGUCGUGUUUGAGGACUCUAUUGUCGAUUCAUAUUAUCCGCACCAAGUUGGUGGAAUAUGCCAAAAGAAGAAGGAUAACAAUGACAUUAAAAACGGUGAAGUUACAGUUGCAUUUCACAUUGGACAAUGCUAUCUUUCUGUACCAGUAGGCAUCCCUUUGGUUGGCUUGGAUUCUAGAUCUGUUGCACGAAUAACAAUCAUCGAAAUGCUACCUACUAAUGAUUCAGAGGAUUCAAGUUAGACUGCCAACUCUUGUGCGACUGAUAACUUUGUUUUAGUUACAAACUGCAACUAGGCGUAUGCAUAGAUACUACUGUAUACGACAUAUUUAGCUGCAUGUAUGUCGUGUUUGCUGCUGAGCUGUUACUGUAAGCUUAUGAAAGAUACUUGUCGCUGAUUACUCAAAUAAGCAAAGGUUGUUAAUUAAUUACGAAUAUGAAUGCAGUCAAAC